AUGAACGAGCUGGACUCCGAGGUGCUCCCUCUACCGCCUCGCUAUCGGUUUCGAGACUUGCUCUUGGGCGACCAGAGCUUCCAAAAUGAGGACAGGCCACAUAAUGAAGAUUUCAGCAUGGAUUCCUCGCUUUCACAGGUUGAAGUGGAGUUUUACGUGAAUGAGAACACCUUUAAAGAACGCCUAAAGCUAUUCUUCAUCAAAAAUCAACGAUCAAGCCUGAGGAUACGCCUGUUUAACUUCUCACUCAAGCUUCUCACUUGCCUUCUUUAUAUUGUCCGCGUUCUGCUGGAUGACCCAGAACGGAUAGGAUGCUGGGAAUGUGAGAAACACAUCUACUCCUCCUUCAAUCAAUCAUCAUCAGAAAUCAACUGGGCUCACAUUUUGUGGGUGGAUCGAAACAAGCCAUUGUGGGCAAUACAAGUCAGUGUAGCCAUCAUUAGCUUCCUAGAGACCAUGCUUCUGAUCUACCUCAGCUAUAAGGGUAACAUUUGUGAGCAAAUAUUUCGUGUUUCGUUCAUCCUUGAAAUGAUCAACACCGUGCCCUUAUUAUCACGAUCCUUUGGCUUUCUUUUAGAUAUUUGGCCACCUUUACGGAAUUUAUUCAUUCCCGUGUUCUUGAAUUGCUGGUUGGCGAAGUAUGCUUUGGAGAAUAUGAUAAAUGACUUGCAUCGAGCAAUACAACGGACUCAGUCUGCCAUGUUCAACCAAGUACUCAUUUUAAUUUGCACCCUGCUUUGUCUUGUUUUCACUGGAACCUGUGGCAUCCAGCAUUUAGAAAGGGCCGGUGAGAAUCUCUCGCUCUUCAAGUCCUUUUAUUUCUGCAUCGUCACCUUCUCCACCGUCGGCUACGGAGAUGUGACCCCCAAGAUCUGGCCUUCUCAGCUGCUGGUGGUGAUCAUGAUAUGCGUGGCCCUUGUGGUCUUGCCUCUGCAGUUUGAAGAGCUGGUGUACCUGUGGAUGGAGCGGCAGAAGUCAGGAGGAAAUUACAGCCGCCACCGGGCUCAGACGGAGAAGCAUGUUGUGCUCUGUGUCAGCUCCCUCAAGAUAGAUCUGCUGAUGGACUUCCUGAACGAGUUCUACGCUCAUCCGAGGCUGCAGGAUUACUACGUGGUCAUCCUUUGCCCCACAGAAAUGGAUAUUCAGGUGCGCCGUGUGCUUCAGAUCCCAUUGUGGUCCCAGCGGGUGAUCUACCUCCAGGGAUCUGCCCUGAAAGAUCAGGACCUCAUGAGAGCAAAGAUGGACAAUGGGGAAGCUUGCUUCAUUCUGAGCAGUCGAAAUGAGGUGGACCGCACAGCUGCGGAUCAUCAAACCACUAGAGCUUGGGCGGUGAAAGAUUUUGCUCCCAACUGUCCCCUCUACGUUCAGAUUCUGAAGCCGGAGAAUAAAUUCCACGUCAAGUUUGCAGAUCACGUGGUGUGCGAAGAGGAGUGCAAAUUCGCCAUGCUGGCCCUGAAUUGUGUCUGCCCAGCUACCUCUACUCUUAUCACCCUUCUCGUCCAUACCUCCAGAGGGCAGGAGGGCCAGGAGUCUCCGGAACAAUGGCAACGGAUGUACGGGCGCUGCUCGGGCAAUGAGGUGUACCACAUCCGCAUGGGCGACAGCAAGUUUUUCAUGGAGUAUGAAGGGAAGAGCUUCACCUACGCGUCCUUCCAUGCUCACAAAAAAUACGGUGUUUGCUUGAUGGGCGUGAAAAAGGAGAACAAGAGCAUCCUUCUCAACCCGGGACCACGGCACAUCAUGACUGCAUCCGAUACAUGUUUCUACAUCAACAUCACCAAGGAGGAGAACUCCGCCUUCAUCUUCAAGCAGGAAGAGAAGCAGAAGCAGAAAUUUAUGGGCAAAGGGAUCUACGAGGGACCGUCACGAUUGCCAGUCCAUAGCAUCAUCGCUAGCAUGGGCACGGUGGCCAUGGAUCUUCAGAACACCGAAUCCCAUCCCAAUCACAGCUCCAAGUUAACAUUGCCAUCCGAGAACGGGUCUGGAAAAAGGAGGCCCAGCAUCGCCCCAGUUUUGGAGGUGGCGGAUGCCUCUUCUCUUCUACCCUGCGACAUGCUGAGCGACCAAUCCGAGGACGAGGUGACUCAGUCCGAUGACGACGUCCUGACUAUUAUAGAGUAUGUGAAAGGGUAUCCACCCAACUCACCUUACAUUGGAAGUUCUCCAACCCUCUGCCAUCUUUUACCUGUCAAGGCCCCCUUCUGUUGCUUACGCCUGGACAAGGGCUGCAAACACAACAGUUACGAAGACGCGAAGGCCUAUGGCUUCAAGAACAAGUUGAUCAUUGUGUCCGCUGAGACUGCGGGCAACGGCUUGUAUAAUUUUAUUGUCCCUCUCCGGGCGUAUUAUCGUUCACGGAAGGAGUUGAAUCCCAUCGUGCUGCUGCUAGACAACAAACCUGACCAUCACUUCUUGGAAGCCAUCUGUUGUUUUCCAAUGGUUUAUUAUAUGGAAGGUACAAUUGAUAACCUCGAUAGUUUGCUGCAAUGUGGCAUCAUUUACGCGGACAAUUUGGUGGUGGUGGAUAAAGAAAGCACCAUGAGUGCGGAGGAAGAUUACAUGGCAGACGCCAAAACCAUUGUCAACGUCCAGACCAUGUUCAGACUUUUCCCAAGUUUGAGUAUCAUUACUGAAUUGACACAUCCGUCCAACAUGAGGUUUAUGCAAUUCCGGGCGAAGGACAGCUACUCGUUGGCCCUUUCCAAACUGGAGAAGAAAGAACGAGAGAACGGCUCCAACCUGGCUUUCAUGUUCCGUCUCCCGUUUGCCGCUGGCCGGGUUUUCAGCAUCAGCAUGUUAGAUACUCUCCUUUAUCAGUCCUUCGUGAAAGAUUAUAUGAUCAACAUCACGAGAUUAUUACUUGGUCUGGAUACGACGCCUGGUUCUGGUUAUCUCUGUGCAAUGAAAAUCACAGAAGACGAUCUCUGGAUCCGAUCCUACGGGCGUCUCUUUCAGAAGUUGUGUUCGUCCAGCGCAGAGAUUCCCAUCGGAAUCUACAGAACCGAAUCCCACAUGUUCUCCACCACCGAUCCUCAUGAUAUCAGAACCCAGUCACAGAUUUCAAUCAAUGUGGAAGACUGCGAAGACCUCAAGGAAGGGAAGGAGACUUGGAACGCCAAGCCGCACCACCACCACCACCACCACCGGAAUUCGUGUCCUGCUGACCAGACGGAGCACCCACUUCUCCGGAGGAAAAGCAUGCAGUGGGCUCGGCGGUUGAGCCGCAAAGGAGCCAACAAGCAGACCUCAAAGACGGCCGAGUGGAUCAAUCAGCAGAGACUGAAUCUCUACCGGCGGUCGGAAAGGCAGGAACUGUCUGAGCUUGUGAAGAAUCGCAUGAAACAUCUGGGCUUACCCACAACAGGGUACGAGGAUGUAGCAAAUUUAACAGCCUGUGAUGUGAUGAACCGGGUAAACCUUGGAUAUUUGCAAGAUGAAAUGAACGACCACCAAAACACACUCUCCUACGUUCUCAUCAACCCUCCCCCGGACACGCGCCUGGAACUCAACGAUAUUGUGUAUUUAAUACGACCUGACCCCCUUGCACACGUGGAAAAUGAAGGCCACAGUCGGAAGAGCAGCAGUCAUAAGAACGCAAACCCUGAAACUCGAGAUGAGACACAGCUCUGA